UUCUAUACUCUGCCAGUACCUUUUUAAAAAUCUUUUUACUAGGAUCAUGAGCCACUUAUAUAUAGAUCACAUUGGGACCAUCAAAAUGAAACUGCCGACCCACGUAUCAAAUAUUAAGUGCCGUCCUCAGUCUUCAAUCGUUUUUUUGUUUUGUUUUGUUUUGGCCCAUGCACUUAAUGGUGUAUUGACUUUCAUACAAGUACUGAUUGUUAGUAGUAAUAUUUAGUUCGGUUUAUGAGUUUAUCAUACAUUACAUAUUUACAACUAGUAUAUAUUCUUCUCAUGAGGUCAGCAAAUCUUUUUAAAACGUGCAAACUCCUAGUUCUGAAGACUAGGUCAAUGGUGGUGAACAAUUUAAAACAUUGACGUGGGCUUCCUAAACCAUGGCCAUGUUGACGUUGGAUUGUGGGACCUAAACUGCUAAACAUAGGAGUACUAGGUGACUAUGAGCCGUUAAAUAAAGUGAAUUAAUUUCAUUAUCGAUGUCAACAGUCUAAUAAAAGGAAUUUAGAGACAACCUUGCAGCUAACAAAAGAUUAGUCGUAAUGUAGAAUGACAUCUCAACAAACCUUUCAUUUUCACUCUUUACGCUAACACAAUCAUACCGGCUCACAAACUACAUGUAUAUAUCGGUGGGUUUUACGCAACAUCAUACAAAUAAUUAACAAAUAUGAAACAAAAUCUAUGUUGAAUCUGCCAAGUGAAUCUGGAUAGAAUACCACCACAGAAACCAAAUACUCCUGGAUACUAUACACUGACCAAUUACUUAGCCCAUGCGAAUCCCUACAUAGUAGUGUAGGAAGUACAAUAUUUUCUCAAUAGCAUAGUCGUUAAUAUUGAAAAAACGUAUGGAUACAUAAAUUUGGAAUCAUUAGUAAUAAUGAACUUGCCGGACAAAACUCCCAAUCAAAGAUCUGAGAUGUAGCCCACGCACUCCAACCACCUUCACUAGUCAAACCCAACAUUUAUCAUCACCACUUUCAACGUUUUUCUUGAGAUGAUGAGAAUUAAUUACCAAUGUCGCGACUAUUUAUCUUGGGAAAAGUCAAAGAAACUAACGUGCUACAUGAGACAUCAUUUAAAGAUAAUCUCUAUAUACUGUCAAUAUACAUUUUAUUUUGUUCAACACUGUCAAUAUACAUCUUAAUUUUCAAUCGACACACUGUUUCUGUUUCUGUCUGUGUGUUUUAAUUAUAUGACUAUCCGGUUAGGACAUCUCUAAUUUCAUUAUAUUUUUCAUUCUAAAAUAAAUUAAAAUAAAAUAUGAAACUAAAAAAAAACUCUAAUCUUAUUUCAUUUUUCAUUCUAUUUACUUCAUAUUUUGUUUUAUUUUAUUUUAAAAGUAAAAAUAGAGAUUUACAUUGUAGAUGCUAUUUAUUAAGUAGAGAACCAUGAUAAAUUUUUCAAAUGUAAAAUAAAAAUCUUAUGGUUAUACUCAUUCUGUUUUAUAAUAAGUGUUAUUCUAAUUUUUUUUUCUUGUUACAUAAAAAAUAUCAAUUUACAAUUCUAAUGCAAAUUAUACUUACUUUCAGUUAGAAAAUUAAUUGCAAACUACAUUGAUUUUAUAAAUAAUUUUAUUUAUCUUAAAUACUAUUGAUCAGAGAUGUAAUUAAUAAUAAUGAGUAUAUUUCAACGACUUUCUUAAUAUGUGUGAAAAAUAUCAAAAUGAUACUUAUUCAGAAACAGAAUCAGAAGAAAUAUAAAAUAUGAUACUCCUGUAUUUGCAUCUAUACAAUCUACAUUUCACCCUUGCAGGCCAAAAAAACAAUAAACAUAAAGUCAACACUGUUGGUACAAAAGAUACUAUCAUAGAUCUGUCCUCUGAACUUAAAUAUCAACUUCAUCUCCCCCUAUCACCAUCAUCCUCUCUUUCUCAUUUGUGAACAGUAAAACUCCACAGUGCCAGACUUUCCGUUUCCUUUUGAUGCAGUUUCCAUUUCCUUUCGCAUAAAAUAUUUCUGCAAUAAAUUCUAAAUUUUAAAUCAUACACUUGUCAUUUAUUAGCGCAAUACCCAUUUUCCCUAAAGUCUCUCAUAUCAUAAACACAAAUUUUAUUUUCAAGAAAUCUAGAGAAGAAGAGAAAAAAAAAAUCACAUGGAGAUGACAAGAAGCCACUUCUUAGCAUUGUUACUCGGAGUCUCUAUAUCAGCAUUAGCCAUCCUACUCUUGUUCAUCUUCUGCACAAGAAGAAAACGUUCAUCUACUGAAUCUGAACAACACGACGUCGAGUCCCAUGGAUUCUCCUCAGAGACAGGGGAGCUCGUGACGUUUCGCGGCGGAGAAGAUCUCACCAUCUGCGAUAUCCUCGAUGCUCCGGGAGAAGUCAUUGGCAAAUCAAGCUACGGCACUCUCUACAAGGCUUCCUUGCAACGCAGCGGUAAAGUUAGAGUUCUCAGGUUUCUCCGACCGGUUUGCACUGUGAGAUCGGAUGCUAAGGAGUUUAACGGCGUCAUCGAGACGCUUGGGCUUGUUCGACAUGAGAACUUGGUUCCUCUGUUGGGUUUCUAUGGUGGAAACAGAGGAGAGAAGCUUAUGGUUCAUCCUUUCUUCUCUUCCGGGAAUCUUUCCGACUUCAUCGCAAGUGGAGAUGAUGAAUCAGUAAAAUGGAUCAACAUUUUACGCAUCACUAUUGGAAUAACCGAAGCUCUUGAUUAUCUUCACAAUAGGAUACAGAAACCAAUAGUCCACGGCAAUUUAAAAUCCAAGAACGUUCUUCUGAACUCGAGUUUCGAACCUAGAGUCUCUGAUUACGGUUUGCAUCUCCUCUUAAACCUCACGGCAGGACAAGAGAUUCUUGAUGUUUCUGCAGCCGGGGGGUACAAAGCUCCUGAGUUGAUAAAGGUGAAGGAAGUGAGCAAAGAGAGUGAUGUGUAUAGUCUCGGUGUGAUCAUGCUUGAGCUAGUCACUGGUAAAGAACCGACAAAUAAGAAUCCAACAGGAGAUGAUGAGUUCUAUCUUCCUGAUUUUGUGAGGAAGGCUGUUAUUGAUCAUAAGUUGUCUGAUCUAUACCGUCCUGAGAUUCUCAAGAGUAGUGGUGAUAUGAGUGAAGAACGUGUCCUCAAGUAUUUUCAGCUUGCAUUGUCUUGCUGCUCUCCUUCGCCUUCUCUUAGGCCAAACAUCAAGCAGGUCUUGAGGAAACUCGAAGACAUCAAGAAAUGUUAGAAUGAUUGGAGUAAGAACAAAGAAGGAAGCGUUACAACUCUUUACAAAGGUUCUUGACUAAAAGAUCAUAGUUAAAGGAAAAAUAGGAGUUGCGUCUGAGGAGAAAGACUUCUGAUAUGAUCAGUGGCCUGACGAGAUGCAGAACACUGAUUGAUGUUAAUGAAGAUAACAAGGAACAAAGUUAUUAGGAGAGUAACACAAUUGUAAAGAGGAGAGGAUUGUACGUAGAAUUUUACACAUCUUGUGAGAGAUGUGCGUGGGAUACUGGGAUAGUCUUCAGACGAUUGGAGAGAUAGUGACUAUUUGUCAAACCAUAGUUCGUGAUUGUAGUGUAUACUCUUUGAGUUUCAUUAACCUUUGUCUUUUCAAAGUUAGUGUUCAUGUUCUGUUUUGUUCUCCUGCGCAUAUUAUGUAAUUAAUUUUUUUUUUGUAUUUUUAGUAUGAACCUGUUCUGACACACUCAUGUAAUUUUUUUUGUGCUU